GCUGUUUCUGGCUGGAAAGCAGACAAGUUUUUCAGAAAUUUAUUUAUAAAACAUAAAUAAAUCGUAUCAAAUAUUUGCGUACGAACGUUAUAAAUGUUUGAAAACACGUAGUGCGUGUUUUGUAUAAUAGGAUAGUUGAAAAUAGAGCUCAAAUGGCAGCUAAUAACAGCAAUAUGCACAAUCUGGGAGCGCUGCAGGUGCCGCCAUCGGUGAUCGCCUCCACGGGCACAGUGAGUCCCAUGAUGCAGCCAAGCACAAGUGCCCAAAGUGCCUGGGAUCAGCUAACAGCGAGUGCAUCCAACAAUAUGACGCCGUCGCCGACAGCAACAACAGCAGCUGGCACCGGAGCAAUUGGAGAUGCUGCUGGACACAUGAUGAGCGCUGGCAGCUCACCGGUGGCCAGCUGCUCGUCGCCAUCGACGCCUACGAAAACACAUCAUGCCCCACCCACGCUGGAGGCUAUGGCCCACACACCGCAAGGUCCACCAACCCUUGGACCGGGUGGUUAUGGUGAGGAAUUGACCGCUGAAUUGGUUAAUCAGGGCUGGCGCAAGUUCUGGUCCAAGCGGGAGAAUCGACCGUACUACUGGAACAAGGUGACCGGUGAAUCCCUUUGGGAAAUGCCAGGCGCGCGUCCCUUUGACCCGCUAACCGAUCCACUGGGCAUAUGUCAUGCAGGAGGCAGUGGCGUUGGUGGACCAACGCCCAUGACGCCGCACCAGCAGCAGCAUCAACAUCAUCAUCUGAAGCGUCGACCCUCGGAUGACAUGCACAUACACCCGCAUCAUCAGCAGCUGCAGCAGCAGCAACAGCAUCACAUGGGACCACACGGUGGUCCGCCCAUGAAGAAGUUUGUGCUCGCUGGUCCCUGGGAUCUGGAGGUGUGCACCAAUGCGGUUAUUGUUGAACGUCCGCCAACGUUGCUGCCACAACCACAUCCGGAGAUUGAAGCAUUGCGAGCAGCCUUUAGCAUGAAGCUGCUCAAGACCUAUGAGGAUUUAUGUAUGCGUAGGGAGAAUAUCAAAGCGCCACGAGAUUCAUUCAAUCGCUGGCUCAUGGAGCGUAAGGUCAUUGACACCGGCUGCGAUCCGUUACUGCCCAGCAGCUGCCUGCCCGAAAUCUCCAGCUCCAUGUAUCGAGAGAUCAUGGCCGAUAUACCCAUUAAGAUUGUCAAGCCCAAGUUCACGGGUGAUGCACGCAAGCAGCUUUCCCGCUACGCGGAGGCGGCCAAACAAAUCAUCGAGUCACGUUCAGCGCCGGCCGAGUCCAAGAAGGUCGUCAAAUGGAAUGUGGAGGAUACAUUUCAAUGGUUGCGUCGAACCGUCGGCGCCAGCUAUGAGGACUUCCAGGAUCGUCUGGCGCAUCUGAAGCGACAAUGCGAACCGCAUUUGGUGGAGACGGUUAAGAGCUCUGUGGAAACGUUGUGCAUUAAAAUCUUUCAUCUAUCUGCGGAACAUGCGCGCAAAAUCCGAGAACGUCACCUGCAGCUGCUGAAGGAGCAUGGUAUACCGGAGCCAACGCCGCCACCGCCUCCACCGCAUCUGAAGAAGGUCUGGUGCUAUCCCAUACAGUUUGCGGUUCCCUCACCCCGCAUGCCGGCCAUAGAGUAUCUGCAGGAUCGCGAUCACAUGAUCAUCAAGUACACGCCCACGACUAUCAAUCAGCCGGAUGCACAAUAUAUCAACCUCACCUAUCUGCAAAAACUGGAGCAGCUCUAUCGUCACAAUUGCUUCGACGACAAGAAGUUUGAUCUGUUCAUUGGACGCGUCUGGUGUCUGCUCAAACGCUAUCAAACGUUCCUGGGUAAUGCUCUCAACUCUUCGCAGGAGGCUGAGCUCACUCAGGCGGCAUUGCCGGUACCAGUUUUCGAGUGUCUUCAUCGGCAUUUCGGUGUCAGCUUUGAGUGCUUCGCUUCGCCAUUCAAUUCCUACUUUCGGCAAUAUUGCUCAGCAUUUGCGGACACGGACGCCUACUUUGGUUCCAGGGGACCUUUUCUGGACUUUAAGCCCGUUUCUGGCUCCUUCCAAGUGAAUCCGCCGCAUUGCGAGGAACUCAUCGAAGCCUGUUUAUUGCACGUGGAUAAACUGCUCACAGAUUCCAUGGAGCCUUUGAGCUUCAUUGUUUUUCUGCCGGAAUGGAAGAGCAUAGCCAAGCUGGAGGAGAGCAUGUACAAGCGUCGCUCGAUGGUUGUGCUGGGAAUGGCGCACGAGUAUCGACAUGGCUAUCAGCAUAUGAUGCAAAAAUCCGAGGUGCUCAUCAAGUGUAUGCAGGGCACCCAAGUGGUUUGGCUGCAGAAUAGCGCCGGUUAUGCGCGCUGGGGCCCCAAUGAGAAUCGUGUGGAAGCGCUGCGCGAAGCCUUCCGGCCGCAGCGUGACCGGGAGCGUGAACGUGCCGCAGCAGCAGCAGCUGCCAGUGGCAAUAAUUCCAAUCAACAGCAACAAUCGCCGCCGGCAACCACAGCGCCACAAUCGACAGCAUCGUUAGCUGUUGCCAUAUCAACGCCUGCCACGCCCACCACAGCAAACAGCAGUAAUAGUUGCAACAGCACAUCAGCAGCAGCAACAUUGACAUCAGCAAUCACAACGAGCGCCAACAGCAUUGGGAGUCCAGUGUCGUCAACGUCUUCCGUUUUAACUCCACUGUCACCACACACACCAACUGGGACACCAUCGCAGUUUCCCCUAACCAUCAGCAAUACAAGCAGCAGCAGCAAUUUGGUUGCUGCCUCGCCAACGAUGAGUGUUCAAAGCGAUUGCUCAUCACCGUCAUCCUCGACCAUGUCAUUGUCGCCGGCACCUGCCUCUGGUGGUUAUCCGGAUGGUGGGAGCACAGCAGCAGCGGCAGCUGUUAGCAUAACAGCAACAGCGAGCACAUCGGCAGCAUCAUCGGCAUUUGGGGCAACAACAAGCAUAAAUAGUACAGCGGUUAUUAAUUCAGCUGUUUAGAUUUUGUACUUGUUUCUUGUAAACUACUCGUCUAUUUUCUCUUUAAGCUAAGCUAAGCUAAUUGUGCACCAUGGGGCUGAGUACCACUAUUGUGUUUCCUUCAUUUAGCGUUUAUAUUCUGAGCCAUUGUUUUAAACAAAUAUCUUGAGGGUAUUCACACUCUAUUCUAAUGACACUGUACACUGUACUACAAUUUGGGCCUAAUGAAUGUAAUUAUUCUAGUGUCAUUUCUGUUUUGGACAUUCUUUAAAUUUCUGUGAAUACCCUUGAAAUUUCGAAACUAACGGUUACAAGUUUAAAGUUUAAUAAUUGUACAUAUGUUUUUUAUCAAAUUACUAUAUAUUAUAAUAUAGCUGAUAGCUACGGCCUGGCUGUUGUUAAUUUUGGCAAUUUUGACCCUAAACACGGGCCAAGCUACCCUAAAGGACCAGUUGAGGUACAGAUAUAUGCAUACAUAGUAUGGGUAGAAUGGGUUCCACUUAUCUCUUCAGUCGGAGGUGUUAAAACAUAUAUUAAUUGUUUUCCAAUCUUUAAACACAACACACACAGACAUGAAAUACAUACAAACAAUUUGCACUCGCACUGAGGAUCAAUUCAAAAAAAAUAUUUGAAUUGUUCAUUCCGUGCAGCACCUGAAAUUUGAUAUAUAAUUAAUAUAUAUAUAUAUAUAUAUAUAUAUAUAUAUGAAUAAGCCCUAAACAAUCUUUUGUGAGACUAUAAACGUAUAUGUUAGGAUUAUUACUUAAAACAAAACUAAUUUAUCGCAUGUACAAAUCGAUAAAAAAAAAUAUUUAAAAGAAAAAACAUUUAACUUAAGUAGUCGAAAAAAAAAUACAUAGUACUAACGGAUCGCGCAGAGAACCAAGUUUGUUAUAAAAGAAAAUCCAUAGCAAGAAACUACGCACCGCACAAUGAACAUAUACCUUAAAAUGGGAUUGUCACAAUUGAAUCCAUUUGAUGGCUGAGUUAAGCUGACAAUUGAAUGCCAUCGUAGAUACCCCUUCUAAUCAAAUUUAAUGGGAAUUUAGCCAAUUUAAUAGAAUCGUAGCAAAAAAAAAGUAAAUCAAAUCGGAAAUUCGGCAAUUUAGAUAAAAAGUAAAUCCUAAUCAUAAGUUUAAAACAAAUAUAACUAAGAUAAUCUAUCACUUCUCCCAGAAACCCCACCAGCAACUUUCCCACACAAUCAUUUAAUUUUUUUUUUAUUAUAAAAAUAUAAAUUCCCGGUGCUCUUGUCGCAUAGAUUAACAAAAUCGCCUAAUUAAAGUUUCUUUCAAAUUA